AUGGAGAACAUUGAAAUGGGAGUAUAGUUGAGACAAUGCAGUGUAAUGUUAACUGCUCAUACUAUGGAUGAUGCUGAGAAUCUGUGUGAUAAGAUUGCAAUUUUAAUAAAGGGAUAAAUUUAUAGUUUGAGCAGUCCGCAAGAACUGAGAAUUAGGUCUGGGGAUGGUUAUGAUAUCUAAUUAAAAGAAUAUAAGAAUAAACAUGAAAUUGCACAAUUUCUUAAGAAAAAAUUUUAAAUAUCACUGAAAUCGAAUGGAAGGAUAAAGAAAAAUUAUAAUUCCAUGUAAACUAUAAUUGAUUUCUAAUUUUUCGGUACUUGGUUAGUCUUUCGAUUUUUACAAUGCCUAUUUCUCACUGCCUGA